AUGUCUAUAGAAUCUUCGAAACCUCUCGCCACCCAGAACGACGGCGAUGAUCACCAAGUUCCCAUCAUCUCAGACAUCGAACUUAUCGACGCAAUCCACAAUCCUGUAAUUCUGAUAUCAACCCUUCCCAAGGAACAUCUUCCUUCUACCACCAUUCCUUCACCAACGUCCGCACCCUCUUCCGAUGUCACCAAUAACAAACGCCUGGUUAUCAUAGGCGACACGCAUGGUCGCCUAACCACCCUGAAAUCUCUUCUGGACAAAAUAUCAUUUGAUAAUACGACAGACCAUCUCAUUCUUGCCGGAGACCUGGUGACGAAAGGUCCGGAUAGCAGAGGCUUGGUGCAGUUCGCCAGGGAUAUAGGAGCGAGUGCGGUGAGAGGCAAUCAUGACGACCACGUGCUGGAGGCUGCAAAGUGGUUGAGUCGCAAAAAGCAGGGCAAGAAAUGGUGGGGAAAGGCGGAAAACGAAGCUGAUGGUCUGAGUGAUGGUGAAGAGAAAGCGUCGGAGAAAGAAGCAGAAGACACCGUCGACGCUGCGGGACAACGACGGAACAAAAAGCCCAAGGGGGUAAAACCAGAGCAUAUCGCCGUCGCCCACUCCCUCAGUGCCGCUCAGCUUCACUGGCUCGCCUCUCAGCCCAUCAUCCUCCGAGUCGGCCACCUUUCCGGAGCCAAGACAGCGCCAUGGAACGCCAAAGAAGUGGUCGUCGUCCACGGCGGCCUCAUCCCAUCUCUCCCACUAGAGAAGCAAGACCCGUGGGCGGUGAUGAACAUGCGAAGCCUGGUUUACGAACUCUCCACUGCUUCAACCCCCGACAACAACAGUGAAGAAGACGAAACAACGAAGGAUGACGGCGGAAGCAUCAACACCAGCACACACAAAAGAAUAACCACCAUCCCCCUCGACACCCGCGACGGCGAGCCCUGGUCCCGCGCCUGGAAUCGCUGGCAAAAUCUGAUCAACAACGCGUCCAAGCGCGUAGCCGUCGUCUACGGCCACGACGCCCGCUCCGGUCUGCAAGUCGACAAAGACAUCACCAUCAACCUGGGCAAGAGCCCGAUCCCAAUCAGCGCCCGCCAGAUCACCGGAACAGGCGACCAAAUGGUCAACGUGACCGCCGGAGGAGACGUGGAAAUCGAAAUCGAGACGGAAGUCGAGAUCGAAUCAGAAUCCGAGGUGGAAAUCAAUGUGUACUCUGGAGGAACCGUGACGACUACCACCACGACUACGACGAGCACGGGAACGGCCACGCAGACUGUUACGACUGGCGGGACUGGGGGUGAUGGUGAUGAUGGCGAUGACGACGAUGACCCGGCGACGAGCACUUUGUUGGCGACAACGACGACUGCAGCGACUGCGGCGGAGACGGGAACGGUCGGGAAGAGAUCACCCAAAAAUGGAGGAAACGGAGUGGAAGCCGAAAGGAGUAGGAAGAAGCUGAAGAAGAAGUUCAAGGGGACUCGAUAUGCGUACGGUCUUGACUCGGGGUGCGGGCACGGGAAGCAACUGUCUGCGCUGGUCUUGGAGGUCAAUCAGACCGGGGAUGAUAUCGUGCAUAGGAUUGAGCAGGUUGAGUGUGAGUGA